AUGCAGUUGUCGGCUCCGUCGGCGUCGAAACUCGAGGAUUUACCCGGGUACGCCCGGCCGGCACGUCACAUGAAGCUCUUCUACAGCUCUUUAUUACCUCGACUCAAGUUUCGGCACUUGAUUUUCGCCUUCCUAUUAUGGUCCGCCGUCGUUCCUGCAGGUUUGUAGGGAUCUUCUUUGGUUAUUUUCAAAUUUCUUAAUGGAUAAAUUGAGGCUAUAAUAGAUUUUUAUGUGGAAAACAGGUUUUUCUUACUUUUCGGCUCUAGAAAAUCUCUGAAAAUCGAAAAUUUCACCAUUUUUGAGCUUUGAGGUGCGUUCUAGUCGGUUCCGAAGCUACAGAAAGGCCAAAAAUUUGGGAAAUAAGCGAUUAAAAUCAUUAUUUUGGUAUGAAAAAAAUAAGUUUUUUUCACAUAGCUCUAUGAAAGUUUGACCAAAAAAAUGAAGAAUUAUAAAACGAAAAAAUUUUUUUCCCUGAAAUUAAUGAAAAAAAUUUCAAGUUUGCUCACCCUCUAAGCCGUCCAUUUUUGGGACCCUGAAACGGCUGCGCGAUAUAAAAUAUUCUCAUCUUUAAACCCUUUUUUUCCUCUAAGAAAUUUCAGAAAUUUAGAAAAACCUUGUCAUAAUAAUGUCCUCUUCAUAUUUAUUUUCUCACUCUUCAUAUUGAUUAAAAACACUGAAUUGCAUUAAUUUUGAACAGAUUAUUUUAAUUCAUAUCACUAUUUUUCAGAUUUAUAGCUUUACUAAAGUUUUCAGAACGAUUUAGAAUCCUAAAAAAGAAAAAUAAUUAAAAUUUUCGCUCAUUUCUGCUUUCGAAACGUCAAUUUCAAAACAUUUUUGUGAGUUGAAUCUUGUCCUUUUCAUUCUAAUUUUUCAAAGAACCUAAUUUUGUGAAAUCUCAUUUCGAAAUGCUCCGAAACCCCCCUGAUAACCCACGAGAAACCUUUUGUCCUUGUAUGACCAACAAAUUGCGAUUUGUCGGGUUUAUUUGAAUAUCCAAAUUGGAUCCGUUCGGAGGUCAUAUCUCUCUGUGUGUGUUGGCACUUCGGAGCCGACCAAAAACGGCCGCAUUUUAUUGAAUCCCGCGCCGUUAUUUAUAUGAUAUGUAGUGUCGUUGGCGAACACCUAUGUACAUUCGGAUUUUCUACCAAAUUGCUGUUAUUCGCGAUAAAAGUUGGUUUUUUUCUAAUUUCUUGUUGAGGGGGAUAUUUAAUGAUUUUCUAUGAAUUUUUUUGUUCUUCACCAAGUUUGAAAAAGAAAAAGAUUUUGGGCUUAAUUGAAAACCUACUGGUCUAAUACAUAUUGUAGUAAGGCUCAGAAUGAGGAGCAAAAUUUGGUUUGGAAAAAAAAAAACACUUGUUCUAAAUUAACUUCUUUGUGAGAAAAAAACUCUGUAGUUUAUUGAAAAAGUUGAUUUUUUUCCCGAAUUUCGGAUUUUAUAGAAUUUUCACGUUAUCUUCAAUUUUCCGCCCUCAUUUUUGAAUAUGUCGAAAUAUUUAAAAAAACUUUUUUUGCACCUUACUGAAGCUCCAGAAGAUUUAGAAAUUUUCUAUCAUCCCUUAAUUUCACGGAAAAUGCUCCCUUUUCUGAAAAUUUCAAUGAAAAUGAGGUUCUUAUGAAAGUUUCUCAGAGUUUCGGGAUCUAGUGGAAAAUUAGAUUUUAAAGAAGUUCAUUUAAAAAUCGUCAAAUAUAAUUUUUGAAAAACUGUCCAUUACUUGAUAUUUUCUGGAACAUUCCAUGCUUUUUUCGAGUCUUGGCGUGGAAAAAUCGAGAUUUUGUACCCAAAACCGUGGCUCAAUUUAUUUUAAAUCUCAUUGGAAGCUUUAAAAGUAUCGAAAACUCUUUCAAAAAACAGCCUUGUUGAUAUUUUCGGGAAAGCUUUUUUCUGUACAGUUUCGUUUUUUGUCGUACUUUAAGCGGACAAAUAUAAGGUUCACAGCUGUGCAGCUGUGGCCCUUUUAUGCGUUUCUCCCCGGAAAGACAAUGGAAAUCUUUUUCCUCUCCUUACCAUGCGCGUCUUCGAAAAAGUUUGAAAUCGGAAAAAUGGCGGCUCGCAGGUCGACCUUACCUGAGCGGUUACUCAACGUUUUAGGUUUACUUUUUUACUUUUUUUUUCGAACUUUGAUGGUUUUUUUUAGAUCGACAAAAGAACUUUCCCAUUUCUUAUUUUCUUAUUGGUUCUGUUCUUUUUCGUUCGAGAUAAAAAGUUUUAAAAGCUAUUAAAGAUCAAAAAGAACAGUGAUUAGACCUCAAAUCGGUUAUUGCAUAUGAAUUUAGCAAUUUUAUAGAAUUUUAAACUUAAUUUUUUUUGGAUCAGACUCUUUAAAAAAAGGUAUAAAUUACAUUUAAAGAAGAUUUUUUUCACGUAAAGAUUCAGAAUUUAAAAUUCAAAAAAAUUCGGAAAAAGUCUUACGAGGUUCCUGAAGAUUGCUAAAGCUUUCUUCCUAUCAAAUAUUUUUCGAAUUUUCUUCAAAUCCGUUCAUUUUAUGAACAAAAAUAUGCUUAAACUUGUGUUAGCUGUCAGAAGUUAAAGGUGAAAUGGCUUCAUUUGUAAGUUCAAUUAAUCAUUUUCUUUCGAUUUUUUUGGACUUUCUUUCUUUCAGAAUCAUGUCUACCGUCGUGGUUCCGGCAAGAAAGGUCCAGCGAACCGGAAGCCCUGAACCGGGCCAAGGAGCUCGAGACCAACAUCAUUUCGGACGACGGCUCUUCGAAGGAGGAUCAUGAAAUCGAGCCUGGUCCUGGGCCGAAUACUCUGUUAGUUUCAGAGAGAUCUCAAUAUUCUUGAAAUGGAGCUUUCGAAAAAUUAGCUGAAAAAUCUUCUAUCAAAUGUAUCUCCUCUAUUUUUUUAAUUUUCGAAAAAAAAAGAGCUUUUUCACUUGAUUUUGGCAGUUUUUGUGAAUUUUGAAGAGUUUUUCUUGGAAAAUGUCGCUUGAGGCAUUGAGGAUCUUUAUCAGUUUCAUCAGAAUUUCUUCUGGAAAACUUUCACAGAAGUUUCUAAAAAGAAAACAGGAAGAUCUUCCUUGUAAAUUGUGUUUUUUGAUGAUUUUAGCGCUUUUUCUUAUGAGAUUAUGGUUUUUUUGGUACUUUUUCCUUUGAGUUUUCUGAUAAUUCAGGUCUUUUCUUUUGAUUUUUUUGGAUAAUCUUAUCAGAGCACCAUUUCCUUUUUUGGAAAGUUUUGGAUAUUUUUAGCGUAUUUUCCUCACAAUUUUUCAUUACUGGGAUUUUGGUAAUGAAAACCGGACGUUUCUGAGCAAUUCUAGGGAUUGCUUGAGAGCUCUGACGUUACUAAAGUGGUCACUAGAAAUUUUACGACACGUCCGAUUCGCGUUACCAAUGUCCGAGUAUUUCGGCGCUUCAUCCAUUUGAGUUUCUCAUUAUUUCUGCGCCUUUUCUUUGCAAAAUUUUGAAGUUUUGGAUAGUUUCAGCACUCUUCUUUUUCACAAUUUUGGAUAGUUCCAGCGUGUUUCUUAUUAAGUCUACUGAAAAUUUCAGUCCGGCUCAUGAAGCGCCGAAAAGCGAAGAGUAUGAGUACUAUGACGAGGUUGAGACCAACACGAUCAAGUACAACGCGGGCGCCUUUGCGACUUCGACCCUCACUCCGGUUCUUCGGAAAGAAAUCGAGAAGCUCAAGGACGAAAAGUGCAGAGGUGAACCUGAAGUUUUAACGUGCGAUUUUUGCGAGAACGGGUGUUUCGAAACAUUUUGGAAAUUUAUAUUUUCUGUGUGUUCGUGAUGCUUUUAGUACUAAUAACUUGAAGAAAAACAUAAAAUUGGUUCAUAAUUUGAAUUUCAAGCGUAAUGACGUCAUUCAAAUCUCCUCUCUGGAGUGCUCAAUCUCUGAUUGGCUUGUCAUCUAAUUAGGGGCGGAGCUCCUAUUUCUCGCCUUCUUCAGUCUUUUCUUAAAAAGACCAAGAAAAAAGGAGCCUUUGAGACCUUUUAAAGGUUCUUCUUAGGUCCUUUUGGACUUUGCCCUUGACAGUCUUCAUCACUGUUUCAGAACACUUUCUUGUGCAAAGAUCCUUUGUCUCAAAUUUCAUUUAUGAUGUAAAUUAAUGAAUAAUCGUUGUUCAGAAUAUUGCCAUCACAACGCCACGUGCCACGUAGAGGUCAUCUUUCAUGAGAACGAAGUUUCGACCGUCGUUCCGUCUUGCCAGUUGGUUUUUUUCAUAUCAAAAAAACUUUUCAUCAUGGAUCAGAAGUAGGAAAAAAAUAAUUCUUGAUUUUUUUAUAACUUGGAAAAAAAGGAUAUAGUCGAUUAACGGCUAGCUUAGGUCGCUAAGGGGGCGUGGCCUGUCUGCGCUCUCCACCAUCCAUACGCUACCAUUUUAGGUCUUUUUUUCAGCGUUUCAAAAAAUCUUGGAUGAUUUAUUAUUCCGCCCUUAUUGUUGUAUUUUUUUGAAAAAAAUAGACAAAAAUUUUUAAUUUAUUGCUUAUCUUUUCAUAAAAUAAGAAUGAAAGAAGAGUUUUUUUAGAAAGGAAAUCCAGACCUUCUCUCACCUAGGGCAAAGUCGGAAUAGUGGAUAUUGACCGCUAAAAAGAAGAGGCUCAAAAAAGACCGCAGAAAGGCACCAAAAAGUCUGCAAAAGGGCUGCGAAAAGGCAGCAAAAAGAGUCCUUUUAUCGAGCCUUCAUUUUUUUCUGGGAUUUCACAGGCUCAAGGAAUGGUGAAAAAAGGGGGAGGCAGCAAAAAUAAUGCAUAAUAGCCGAUGAAAAGGCGCAAAAGGGCAUCAAAAAAGGAGCAUUUUUCACCCUAAAAGGAACACUUUAUGGAGCCUUUUUCCACCCUUUCCGACUUUGCCUAUUUUAUAAAUAGCGAAAAUUUGUUUUUGAGCGGCUGAAGAUAUAGAGGAAACUGUUUCGAAGUAGAUUUUGAUCUUUAGCUGUCCCCACGGAUGGGAAGGACUCCAAUGUGAUCGGCCAUUCGUCCAGGCUUUCUACGCCCCAGUUUCCGGCAACUAUAAAGUUCUCUCCUCAAUAUUAAAAUCAAAAAAGGACGUGACAUUUCCAGGCGCAAUCCUCACCUUUACCUGCGUUGGCGGUGCUGUUUGUCAUGUUGGCCAUGUUUGUCACCCUGGUGAUAUACGCCUACAAACGGUUUUUGUGUCGGAAGGUUAUGCAAAACUUGGAGGGGUUUCAGAAUGUCCAACGCGUCUGAGGAUUCGCUUUACGGCUCGAGUACAGGGACUUGUCCUCCCGAUGCUUUUAAUGUCCUGAAGGUGAUUUUGAGGGAUAGAAACCAUCAAAAAAUAGAGCGUUUUUAAAAUGUUGGGAUCGUAGUUUUCCAUCAAAUUUGAUUAAGAGCACUGGGGCUUGUCCUUCUGAUGAUUUUAACGUCCUGAAGGUGAUUUUGGAAAAAUAAAUCAUUAUACCGAACUCAAAUUGAUUUCGCGAAGCUCAAAAUAAGCGUCAGAGAGCGAGAAAGAUAACUGAAAUUUUCAGGCGUUAUUAGGAUGUUUCAUUUGUAACUUUCAAUGAAAUUUGAAGUCUAAUCGUCGGAAGUUUCACUGAAUACUCUCAAUAUUUGGAAAAUUUCUUGGUCUUUAUAAAAACUUAAGAAGGCUCAUUUUUGAAAAAGGUUUGGUUUCCAUUCAAUUUUCAAGAUUUUGUUAGAUCCAUCGGUCAACUUUACGAGAACAUUUUGUUCUCAGAUCGCCGUAGCCCUAAAAUAACUUUGAAUUAAAAUCAGAUUUUUCUGUCGUCAAACUUUUUUCCUUUCGCACUUUGAGUUAGUUUUUCUUCAAAGGGGGGCUUAUGUGAUUUCAAGGAGAAUUUUCGGUUAUUAUUAUUAGGAAUUAUCCUUAGGUCUAUGGACUUGUCAUCAUUCAAAAAAAUAGGAUUCGAGAAGGAUCUGGGAACUUUUUUAGUGGCCACUAUAGUAGUCAAAUUAGUGGCCAUUGAAGGGGUUCAAAAUCAGUGGCCCCGAACGCUUCUUUCUAACCGGCCAACUUGAAUGUUGAUACCGAUUUCCAAUUUUACAGACGCCCUCAGUACGACCCAUGUACAUCGGUUCGGCUCAAAAGAACAGCGUUUCUGGACCUCCCUCAAGGGCAAACGCUCAUUUCUUCUCAAGACUCGGCUUGUCCAGAUCAGCCGAAUCGUUAGUUUUAUCUUAUAAGGAUGUUUAGUUUGAGAAACUUGUUCAGUAGAUAUCUUGUGGGUUUUCAGAUGUUAUUACAAAUAAAAUUAAUAUCUUUGUAGGAACAGCGCUUCCCGGCAGUACAGUAAGAUGCCGCGAGUGGAAAUUUCGGCCAUCAAUCGCUCGGAUCACAUUGAUUUUUCUACACUUUCAUGUGAUAUUGUGAGGAUCUCUUUGAAUUUUUGAUGUAGAAGGUUUGGUUUUUGUGAGGAAAAUGAGAGAAAAUUUGAAAAUUGAUUUUUCCCAAGUGUAAACAGCUUCAUUAUAGGAUGAUUUUUGAAGCGUUUCAGAUAAAAUUGAUUUUUCUACGCUUUCUUGUGAUAUUGUGAGGAUUUCUCUGAUAGUCUAAGGUUUUUGGUGGGGAGGGCUUGGUUUUUUUGAAAGGAGGAGGGAUUCAGAUUUCAUAGAAAAAAAUUAAAUUAAAUUUCACUAAAAAAAGAUGCCAUUUUAUGCUGAAUUUAGAAGCUUUUCGUGACUUUUUCCGAUUCUUCAGGUAAAUUUCUUCUGAUUUCUUGUUUGCUGUAUCUUUGAAAACAUUGAAUCAAAGGUCUUCCAUUUUUUUUCUAGUGUGUUUUUUUAGUUUUUCAAGGAUUUUUCAAAAAAUAAUCGAGAAUUUUUGGUAUUUCGUCCAUUUUCUGAUCGAUUUUCCUCUUUUUUUUUCGAUUUUUCGAGUCACUUUUUUGCUCAGGUAUUCUACCUGGAUGAUAGUAAGAUUUCUACCUUAAUGAACGGAAGAACAAAAUUAAAAUUUGGGUGAUUUCAGGAGUCCCACUGUAGUAGGCCUUCACUAACGUCAGGUCCACCACCAGUUGUUAUAGAAAUGGCCCGAGUUGAGGCCGAAGUGGUUAGUUUUUUUUUUCUUCAUUUUCUGGGAAAAGCAUGAAAGUUCUAUUUUGUGGAUAUUUGUAAAAAGUCUGGCGGAAAAAUCUUCAAAAAAUGCUUCAACUCGAUAAAUAAUCCUGAAAUCUUGAUUUUUUAUGAGUUCCGGCUGAGUUUACGUUUCAGUGUGGGGUUAAGUGAUUAUUAACUGAGUGUGGAUCUAAUUCAUGAGAAAGGUGCAAAAUAAUGAAGAAAUUUAUCUUUUUUUCAGUCGUAGCCAUUCCAAACGCGGUCAUUCUUGCUCACUACUUUUUGUUUUCAUAGAAAAAAAAAAAUGAAAAUACAGUUAGUCGCGGUUUUUCUCUGUAUAAUACGCUUGGAUAGGGUAUAAAAAAAUAUUUUUUUAAAAAUUUUUAAGUUACAGUUAAAUUUUAAAAAUUAUUAAAAAGAUAUAUUACAUAUGCAAAGUCGGAAAGUAUGGGAAAAGGCUCCAUAAAAAUGUCCCUUUUAGGGUGAAAAAGGCCUUUUUUUGCUGCCUCUUAGCGCCAUUUCAUCGGCUUUUAUGCACCAUUUUUGCUGUCUCUCCCUUUUUUCAACAUUUCUUGAGCCUGUGAAAUCCCAGAAAAAAUUACUCGAUAAAGGAACUCUUUUUGCUGCUUUUCUGCGGCCUUUUUGCAGCUUUUUUGCGGCCCUUUUGCAGCUUUUUUGCGGCCUUUUUCGAGCCUCUUCCUUUUAGCGGUCAUUAUCCACCACUCCGACUUUGCCCGAGUUUGUAGAAGACUUCGAUUUUUCAGAGAGUCCAUUCUCGAAGUUCUGGCGCGCCGCCAAGCCCAACUCGCUCAACCGUCGCCCCAAUUAUAACAGAAUCCUAA